AUGGCGGAAUGCAGAGUGGGGAGGAUAAAGCUGGGAAGUCAAGGUCUCGAAGUCUCAGCGCAAGGCCUUGGCCGCAUGAGCCUCUCCGCCUUCUUCGGUGUCCCCGAGCCCAAAACUGAUCCCAUCUCUCUCCUCCAUCACGCUAUCAACUCCGGCAUCACUUUCCUCGACACUGCCGACAGCUACGGUCCUCACACCGACGAGUUACUCCUCGCCAAGGCUCUGAAGAAUGGGGUGAGGGAGAGAGUGGAGCUUGCUUCCAAGUUUGGAAUUAUUUAUGGAGAGGGAAAGAGAGUGAUAAAGGGAGAUCCUUUGUAUGUUAGAGCUGCUUGUGAAGCUAGUUUACAGCGUCUUGAUGUGGAUUGCAUUGAUCUUUAUUACCAGCUUUCCUCUUGCAAGUCCUAUUUCAUGCUAUGGUUUUAUACCAUUGUCAAAAUGAAAUGGAAGUCGCAGUUCAGAGAUCAUGAAGGUGUGUCACUUAUUGAAUAA